AUGUUGUCGCAUGAAACUCUUCCCACUGAGCUCUGGCUGGAGGUCUUCGACCAUCUAGACAACCACCGCUCCUUUACCGUUUCCCAUGCCCCGUUUCAGCCGAUUCCAGGUGUCGCCAAUGAGAAUAAAGUCUGCCACGACUACUUCACGCUCGUGCUCGUGUGUCGCAAAUGGCGAGCGUGGGCUCUAGAGCGACUAUAUCGCAACUACAAGCUGUCCAAGACCGCUAAGUCGCCUCUCCAGUAUGCAAACUGGGUCAGGCGGGCAGUUGUGCCAUAUACCACCACUGCAACAGAGACACACAAGCCAAUGCCCUCUACCGAGAUUCUCAGCCGGCUUCCUAACCUAGUUGUUCUCGUCCGACCACCAUAUGCCCCCUCCCCACUGCGAAACCCGCGUUUUGAGUUUGACGCGACUUGUCCGCCGCUUCCCCAGCUCAAACGGCUCGAUUGGUGGAACUACAUCGAAGCCUCGCGCUCUGGAGGCAUCAAUUCACUCACUUCAGUCCUAAAACGUGCCCCCAAUAUCGAAUAUCUCUUCGUUGGCGGGGCGUUCAGCCAUUUUACUGCCGUGGCUUUCCAUGGCCUCGAUAUAGCAGCGAGUAUACAUCUUCCCCGCCUACGCACACUCAGAAUCAAUAUUUCCGACGCCCUCCUCCUUCGACACGUUAUGCAACGCUGGGAAUUACCAGCUUUGGAAAACUUUGUCUUCGACUCUCCACUCGUCACAGGUAGUAUUGGCUCGCGGCUUCUUUGGGAGACGAUGGGCUCGCGACUGACCACUGUCGAAUUUGGAAAGCACGUCCGAUUUCUUCUGGAUGACCAUCUUGGGCCUUGUCUGCGUGGUUGUCCGCUGCUGCGUCAGGUAAACUACUACCUCUUUAUCACUGCGGCCCUUGUCGCCGAGGAGAACGAAACCUUCCCCAAUCUGGAGUGCAUUGGGGUCAGCUUGUCGCAUACGCCGUUCCUUGGUGGUGAGGCGGAAGAAUGGGAGCAUCUGUGGCGCCAUGUGGACGUGUUUUGCUCUGGGGUACUUCCCAAUCUACACACACUCAAGCUAUGGGACACAAAACCAAUUCUUCACUCGGACAUACGCCUCCGGGACAUGCGAAGGCGGCUCGAAACGAAAGGAAUUGUUAUACAGUUCUGCUGA